UUUGUUAUUGGAGGUCACGUGGCCAGUCGCUAGGGACAGAGGCACGUCCUGUACCUCGGAUUGAAGCGUCGCGAGCUGCUGCUAUCACUAGUUUGAACAAAAUGGCUGCAGAGGCACCACUAACGAAAGCCCACUGAACGGUAGGAAUUAUCAUCGACGAUGUUUUAAUGGAUAUCUUGGAAAUACACCCUCUCCAAAUAUUGGAUUUUGCAAGAAUUUGCUCUCUUGGAUUCCUCUAUUUGCGAGCAUUUCACAGUCGCGUGCUGUAAAACAUAUUUUUUUGCACUUUAAAAAUGUCAGCUCAUCAAAGACAAGCCGAGAGAAGAAGCAGGGAACACGAGACCAGAACCAUUUGAUGGAAGAAAAGAAAAAGAGAAGGCAAGAAGAAAAGAAAAAGAAGGAAGCUGCUCAGAAAAAGGUCACUGAACAGAAAACCAAAGUGCCAGACUCAGCCAAGCCCGGCCCCACCCCUCCUCCUCCCCCCGCCAACCCCAGUGCCACCCCGUCUGUGCCCCCCACCAGUGGAAGUAAUGGCAAGCGCGCCUCCUCCAGUGCCCAGCAGCAGUCCCAGCCCUCGCCCGCCCAACAGCGUUACCCGCCAAGAGAGAUCCCUCCGCGCUUCCGCCAGCAGGAGCACAAGCAGCUGCUGAAGAGGGGUCAGCCGCUGCCCCCUGGGACCCUUCCAACUGUACCAGGACGCCCCGAACCUGACUCGAGUCAGAAAUCCUCUGGUGCAUCGCACACAGAGCUGCCCCCACAGAGUGGCCCGGGAGCCUAUUAUGAGAAUCCCCACUGGGGACACCAGCCAGCCAAUCGGAGUGCCACUUCCGCCUCAGCGUCGGCCAAUCACAGUGGCUGGGAUACAGUGAUCAUCAACGAGAGCGACACCGAGGCCUGGCCCUCCAUUUCCCGCAGCAGCCAGAGCCAGAGCCAGGGCCCUGCAGGAGGAUGCCCCUCGGACACUGACCCUGUUGGUCCGGCCAGCAGCAGCAGUAUGAGCAUGGCCACGGGGGCCAACGGCCAGACAGGCCACUUUCCUGCCAACUACCCCAGCAGCAAAGGAGCCAGCUCUGGGCCCGGCAGCUCAGCCAAUCACCCCGGGGCUGGCAUGGUCGGCAUGGCCUCCAGCCAAGGAGCAGCUAAUCGGGGCUGGGGAUCUGGUCCCGGUCCCUCCCCCCACGGCCCUCCUCAGUCCUCCUCUGUCGUGGGUGGGGAAGGGAAGAGUGAUGGCCCAAUGGGAGGAGGAGGAGGCAGGGGUUGGGGCUCCUCUUCCUCCACCAACUUUAACUUGAACCUGAACCCCAAUGCCAACCCUUCGGCCUGGCCCGUUCUGGGGCACGACGGGGGCGGAGGAGCGGGGGGAAGCAGCUCAGGGGGAGCCAACCCCAAUCAACCCCCUUCUUCUCAACCCCCUCCAAACCUCUGCAACCCGCCAGGCACCUCUCCCGCCCAGGGGAACAGCAACAGAGGAGGAACCAUGGUGGGCGGCACCAACGGCAACCUCCCAGUAGGGGGAGGCAGCACCUGGGGAGAAUCAUCUGAGCCGCACCCAUCCUCGUCCACGAAUGUGUCUUUCAGCUCAGAACCUCAGAACCUUAACACUGACGGACCAAAUCAUACUAGCAAGCAACAGGAGCCCCCUAUCCACAGCGUGUCCGGCUGGAGUGGCCCCUCCGGAGGCAUGGGCUCCCUGGGCCAGCCUCCUCCUGGAGCUUCCCAGCUGGUCAAUGGAGAGGAUGGCAGCUCCGUCUGGGGCAACAAUGGAGACUCCAAGUCAGUCGCCUCCUCCGCGGAGCCUUCGGGCUGGGACUCUGGGGCCGGGGGCUGGGGGAGCCAUGGAAGCAGUGGUGGUGGAACCUCUGGAGGCUGGGGAGGCCAGAGCAGCGGAGAUGCCUGGGGGAAGCAGCAUUCUGGCGAGGGCCAGGGGGGCUGGGAAGCCCCCAGCUCUACUCCCCAGCAGGCCAGCUCCUGGAGCACCCGAGCCCCUAGCACCACGGCGGCCAGCGAGGGCAGCAGCGAGGGCAUGGAGGGAGCGGGACACUCCCGCCGACAGGACCGGUCGUCCAGGGAUGAGCCUGCCCCCCUGCUCCCAGCCCCUGACCUGGACCCCAGGGUGCUGUGCAACACAGGCUGGGGCCAAACCCCCGUCCGCCAGCACACGUCCUGGGACAUGGAGGAGGCGGCACGCACCCAACGAAAGGCAGAUGCUGCCGGGGCGGACUCUUGGGGAGGCUCCGGCCCCAACACUCCCACCGAGCCAGCCCAAGGGCCCUCCAACCCCAGCCAUGGCCCCCCUCAUCGGGCUGACCUUAAGAGCGACGUUCCCGGGCCUGGUCCUCAGGCUGCCACUGGCUGGGGUGGUUCCAUGCCUCCAGCCAGCCAACUCGGCUCUGGCUGGGGCGAGCCACCGAGCAGCAAGAAUCCCCCCAACGGUCCCGGGGGCUGGGGGAACCCCCCACCAGGAGGCCCCGGGCCAGGCCCCAACAUGCCCAAAGCUGGGAACCAGUCCUGGGGAGCUCCAGAGGAGAAGUCCCCAAGCUGGGAUGAUCCCCACGGCAAGGCCCCCAAGCCCCAGGGCUGGGGAGAUGGGCCCAAGCUGCCCCACAGCGGCUGGGGCAACAGCGCUGGAGGAGGGGGCAAUGGAGGAGGAGGAGACUGGAGAGAGCCUGCAGAUGGCAAGAAGAACAGUCCCACCACCAACCCUCCCUGGGAGGGAGAAGGAGCAGGAGGCUGGAAAGAGAGCAACCGAGGCUGGGGAAAACCUGGUCCGGGGAUGGGGGGAAAUGUUGGAGGAGGUGGAGGCUGGGGAGAGCCAGCGAUGGCCCAACAGCGCCCAAGUGGCCCUGCCCAAGGAUGGGGCGGCAAGCCCCAGGAGAGCUCCAACGGCAACAGCGGAGGCGUUAGAGGAGGGAGCAUGGGCGGGGCAGGAGGUGGAGAAGGGAGCAUGGGAUCCUGGGGAGGCCCCGGCCCCGUGAAGCCCAGUGUAUCAGGCCGGGAGGGCAACGGGGGAGGAGGAGGGAGCAAGCAGGACCCCUCAGGAGGAGAGCCCACAGGGUGGGAGGAGCCUUCCCCACCCUCCAUCCGACGCAAGAUGGAGAUUGACGACGGCACCUCGGCUUGGGGCGACCCGGGCGCCUACAACAAGACGGUCAACCUCUGGGACAAGAACAACCCUGGGGGAGGAGGGCCACCCCAAGGUAGACCCCCAGGGAACGCUCCAGGGAACGCCCCCGCAUGCCCCCCUGGAAACAACAACAACCACCCCCACCCACCACAUCACCCUCCCCACCAUCCUCACACCUACCACGGCCCCCCACCACCCCUCCAGAGCCAUGGGGGCCACAACCCCCAGGGCCCAGGCCAGAACAGUGGGCCCAUGGACCCAGCCAUGCCUCACCAGGCUGCGCCUCCACCACACAGCAGACCACCCCUCAUGGGUCCAGGCUGGGGGGAGCCUUCUAGUGCCCACCCCAAACCAGAGCCCUCCUGGGGUGAGCCUGCUCCCCCUCCGGUCAGUGUGGACAACGGGACCUCCGCCUGGGGGAAACCCACCGGGAGCCAUGGGGGCUGGGGUGUGGGUGACAACAGCCCCGAACCCUACAGACGGGGCAACCCACCCCUUGGAUCUGCACCUUGCAAACCAGCCCCCAAAUCUAUGCAAGACGGCUGGGGUGGCGGAAGUGGCGGUGGGGGGGAGGACAUGGGUUUGUCUGGGGGCCAGUGGGACCCUGACGACGGGGACAUGUGGAGCAGCCAGGCCUCCCAGGAGAGCAACUCCUGGGGCAACAGACCCAGGAAGGGCCCACCUAAGGGGAAGAUUCUGGGCAAGCAGGAGGAAGCCUGGAUCAUGAAUCGCCUGAUCAAGCAGCUGACAGACAUGGGCUUCCCUAGAGAUCCAGCCGAGGAGGCUCUGAAGAGGAACAACAUGAACCUGGACCAGGCCAUGAGUGCUCUGUUGGAGAAGAAGACAGAGCUGGACAGGCGGGGGAUGGGCAUGUCCGACUACAACAACUGUCUGAUCAACAAGGGGCCAAUGGGCUGCCGGCCUCCCCUCCACUCCAAAGAGUCCUCCUCAGAUCGCUCCUCUUUCCUCGACAAGGACGGUGUUGGUAGCCUGGUGGAGGACGUCCACACCUCCUCACCGUUUAUGCCUUGUUCCCCCGGCCCCCUCGGCCUGAAACUCCCCUCCCUGCCCAGCACUGCCCUGCCUCUAUCCAGCCAGGGACUGGGCGGCCCACAGGGCCUAGCCAUGCAAAACUUGAACAACAGACAGAUGCAGAGUGGAAUGUUGGGCAGUAGCGGUGCAGCACAAGCCCGGGCCAUGCAGCAACCUCCUCCUCAGCCGUCAGUGCCGCCUCUCGGCUCCUCCCAGCCUAGUCUACGCGCUCAAGUGCCUCAGUUUCUCUCCCCUCAGGUUCAAGCACAGCUCUUACAGUUUGCAGCAAAAAACAUUGGUCUGAAUCCUGCACUUUUAACCUCACCAAUAAACCCUCAACAUAUGACCCUUUUGAACCAACUAUACCAGCUGCAACUGGCAUACCAGCGUUUACAAAUUCAGCAGCAGAUGUUGCAGGCGCAGCGUAAUGUUUCAGCUCCCAUCCGACAGCAAGAGCAGCACGUUGCACGUACAAUCAAUAACAUGCAGCAGCAGAUCCAACAGCACCAGAGACAGCUGGCCCAGGCCCUGCUGAUGAAGCAGCAGCAGACCCUCGGCUCCCUCUCCUCCUCCGGCCUGCACCACGGCCAAGGCAAAUCAGCCCUGGACUUGUUCCCAGGCCACCCCCAGGCUCCGGGCCUACCCGACCUGCAGACCAAAGAGCAGCAGUCGUCCACCAACUCCUACAGCCCCUACCCUCUCUCUGGACUGAAUCCUAACAUGAAUGUAACCGGCAUAGAGGUGGGAGGCCUGUCCAUGAAGGAGCUUCCCCAGCCCCAGUCUCGCCUCUCCCAGUGGACACACCCCAACUCCAUGGACAGCCUCUCUGGAGGCUCAUCCUCUCUGGAGCCCAACCUGAACAAGCACGGUUCCAACCUGGGCCCCCCCGGGAAGCCCCCCCAAAUGGAGGAUGGGUACAGCCCCUACGGCAUGAUGCCUGGCUCCGAGUCCCCCACUAACCCCCUGGUGCCCCCAGACAGCUGGAGCCAGGGCAAGAGCCCCAACGACAAGAUGGUCAACGGCACCAACAUCACCUGGCCUCCAGAGUUCUGCCCGGGCGUGCCCUGGAAGGGCCUGCAGAACAUCGACCCGGAGAACGACCCCAACAUGACCCCGGGGAGCGUUCCCAGCGGCCCCACCAUCAACACCAACAUCCAGGACGUCAACCGCUACCUGCAGAGAGACCGCAGCGGAGGUAAAUUGUCGGACAUGAAGUCCACCUGGUCCCCGGGGCCCAUCUCCCACCCCUCCCAGGUCUCUCUGUCCCAUGAGUUGUGGAAGGUCCCCCAGGGGCCCCGCAGUAACACAGCCGCCCCCACACGGCCCCCUCCGGGCCUCACCAACCCCACCAAGCACUCCUCCACCUGGGGAGGCAACUCCCUGGGCCUGGCCCAAGGCUGGAGCAGCUCCUACUCCUCAGCAGCUACCACAUGGAGUACAGACAGCUCCAACAGGACCAGUAGCUGGUUGGUCCUGAGGAACCUCACUCCCCAGAUAGACGGGUCCACCCUGCGGACGCUAUGCAUGCAGCAUGGCCCCCUCAUCACAUUCCACCUCAACCUGACCCAGGGCAACGCAUUGGUGCGCUACAGCUCCAAGGAGGAGGCCGCCAAGGCCCAGAAGUCCCUGCACAUGUGCGUUCUGGGUAACACCACCAUCCUGGCAGAGUUUGCUGGGGAGGAAGAGGUCCAGCGCUUCUUUGCACAGGGCCAGCAGCUAGCCUCAACCACCAGCUGGCAGGCUGACCCAGGCGUCAAUCAGACGCGGAUGGGCGGUUCCGGGCCCAGAUCCUCGCACCCCAUUGGCCACCCCCACUGGAAUUCUGGCGGCAGCAGUGGCGGCAUGGGAGGAGGUGGAGCCAAGACGGGCGGAGACCUGCUGUGGGGGGGCGUGCCCCAGUACUCCAGCCUAUGGGGACCGCCCAGCGGAGAGGAGGGGCGGGUCAUGGGGAGUCCUACUCCAAUCAACACGCUGCUUCCUGGGGACCUGCUGAGCGGGGAGUCCAUGUAGGACCACGUCACAGAGCUCCAUGCUAGAAAAAGGAGGAAUGGAAUACGACACAGGAAUACUACACAGUACUACACAUAUACAUAUAUACACAUAUACAGACAGAAGAGCAAAAACCAAGCAAAUCAAUGUGGUGAUAAUCAAUGUGGGUGGGAUGAUCGAGGGACAGACUUGAGUACAAGGUGGCUCUUCUGUGUCCACGCUGCUCACCCUCUUCCAAUUUUUCUGUUUGUUUAAAAAAAAAAAACAUUUCAUUUUAGAUUUGUUCGGCGAGAGGCUCAGUGUUUUAAGUUUGGACUUUCGGAAAAGCACGAGUAUGCCUUUGACUCAACCAACAAAGGAAGAGAAACAUUUGAACUUUACUCUGAGAACUUUUUGUCAUGUGAAAUGUGUAUUUUAGGCUAACUGCUUCAAACAACGAGCUGCCAUCUUCAAAACUCCCAUAAUCCCUUGCUGCCUGGCAGCAGUCAAUCCACACCUCAGAGAAACCAUAGAUACACAUCAUUCCCAAAGCCCAUCCCCUUCCUGUCGGGAAGGUUCCAGAACUUUCUACCAGUCCGGAAUUUCUCUUGUUUGUUUUUUCUCAGCACUAAUUACUAGCCUUAACCUCCCUCCUGGCCUGGUUCCCCUCCUUUAUUCACUGAUUCUCACUCACUCUGUACUUACUGAAGAAAACGUACUGAGAAUUGCACACUCAUUUCUGAGCCAGCGAAACCCCAGGGGAGAGGAUGUGCUUGUAAGAGACUGAGGACACAGCAGCUCUCAACUGGAAGCCUCGGCGGUCACAAGCAUAUUAUUCAGUCUCCACCACUCUUAAAGGGAUUGAUGAUGCAAACGCAAAAGAUCUUCGCCUUGUUCAUUUUAAAGCCAUUUUUGUCAUGGAGGAGUUUCGUUUCCCCGACCCUUUCGCAAAAUAAGCGAAGAGAAAUAUUACUCCGAUGUGUCAAUAUUUCCGGGGGCGUGUGUUUACAUGUGUGUAUGACCGUCUUGUUGAAGUCUAGUAACCACUGCUCUAUGGAACUGUAAGAAAACACUUCUUUUGAAAUGCACCUCAACUCGUUUAAGGACGAACUUGUGGUCUGGUUCCCCCCUUUCUGUGACUGCGGAAGACCUCAGUCUUUUCCGUGGUCCACUAAUCUCUUCUUUACACCAACACACCAUUUCAAGUGACGUGCAAUAUAAGCCACAGACUACUCUCUACUACCGUCCACCCCAAGUACUCAAAGGGUUUCUCUCACAAACCUCUUUCAAGAGAAGAGACAAAAUCAAAAACAGCAAGGACUCUCUAUAUCCAUCCCCCUGGGUGUGUGAGCUGGCUGGACCCACUUAUCCGUGAAACACAAGGAUAUACAACAAGCACUUGUUAUUCAGUCUCGGACUAGGUCUUUUCUAAUCCAGCCUCACACAACAGUGACAGACUAGAGGGGUACAGGGGUAAGGAAGGGGGUGUAUGGGGCAUUAUACCAAAACGAGACGUGUUCCUUAUCUACCCACAAGACGAAACGAUGCAUUUUUUUCUUUCCAUUGUUGUAUUUGGUACAAAAAAGUAUGGGACAAAUGUAUAACUGGUUUAUAAGAAGAGAUGGUUUAUCAUAGCACUUAGCAAAGAGCGUCAAGCUCCUUCACUUCAAUGCCAACGAAUCAGAAGAGGAGAAGCGUGUGACACUGAAACUCGAGAAAAAAAACUCAAACAAAAAAAAACAAGCAAUCUACUACGACGUGGCUUCUCCGUAACUCUUUAUGAACUGUAACACAGAUGUGAAACUAUUUUCAGUUUUCAGAUAGUUUUUUUCUAUUUUAAACCUUCCCUUUCUCGCGGUCUGUGUGUGGUACCAGGAAAGUUUCUGAAAUGGUAGCAAAAUGAAGGAAUGGAAAGGAAAGAAAGAAAGAAUGAAAGACUUUGGGCACUAUCGGGUGUGAGACCCCGAAGCACUCGCCUGUUUUCCCUUUCACUCUAUCAAAGUAAAUAUCACUGUUACAUGACUGAAAAUCUUUAGCCUUGUUCUCUGGAGACGCAACUAGAUGCUGCGGCAAUGUUCUGUGGAUGGAUUCUGCAGGGGGAUUGUCAUUUACUCUCUAUCUCUCAACCUUUUUCACAAGCCCUGCCAACCUGUAUGAUCGUGUGGCCAUUGAGUGCCUGCCUGCUGCGGAGGGGGAGGACUUCAUAGAAGCUCCACACCAGGCCUCUGCAGCAGCUCUCACCCCACCUUCCCCUCUCCCUCCCUGGGGAGCCUCAGACUGGUUCCCCCAGGGACCUCCGGGGCCUCUGGUGCCCAAGAGCAGCUGUCAGAACUGUCCGAUUCGUAUUAACUACUACUACUCCACUCUAUCCCUCUCUCUAUCCCUCUCUCUUCUGUUGUUCAUCUCCUCCACUCUAUCCCGCUCUCUAUCUCGCCCUCUAUCCCUCUCUCUUCUGUUUUUCAUCACCUCCACUCUAUCCCGCUCUCUAUCCCUCUCUCUUCUGUUGUUCAUCACCUCCACUCUAUCCCACCCUCCAUCCCUCUCUCUUCUAUUCUUCAUCACCUCCACUCUAUCCCACCCUCCAUCCCUCUCUCUUCUAUUCUUCAUCACCUCCACUCUAUCCCGCUCUCUAUCCCUCUUUCUUCUGUUGUUCAUCAUCUCCACUCUAUCCCGCCCUCUAUCCCUCUAUCUCUGUCUCUCAUGCAAGGAUCACUUUAGCCAGAGAUUAAGAGGUUUUUGAAUUGUGUGAAGUUUUCUUUGGUUUAAUUUUUUUGGUUUAUUAUUUUCAUUUCUGGAAAAAUCGCCAGAGUUAUUUUAGUUUUUGUCAAACUUGCUGUUUGUUUUAUGAUUACAAUGAUUUUUACGGAUGUUUUUUCGACAGCUCCAUGCCGUGUUCAGCUGCUCUCCUGUCCCCUGCUCUUACUGCUCGUAAGCAGAAACUAAAAUACUCCUGGUUCGACGCGCACCUCAGCAAACGCAGCCCACCACAGGAAUGUUAUGGAUACGGACACUGCAGAUCUCAGUGGGGGUGGUUCAUUUGGUGUGGUUGUUAGACAGUCAGUGUUUUGGUUCAGGAGCGGGCCUGAUGGUUCUAAUGUAUAGUCAGAUCAGGUGUGAGAUUCAGAGGGUAUCUAUCUACCCGGCCAGCCCUGCUCCCCCUCUCUCACAGCCUCUGCUGCCCAGCCCACCCUCUCUCCCUUCCCAUCCCCAUGUUGUCCUCUCCACACACACAUCCUCCACUCCAGUCAGGCCUCACUCACACUGGUGCUUUAUUUUCCAUAGGCUGUCGAGGAGCUUUCUGGCAGAAUGAAAAGACAGACUCCUAUACCACUACCCCUCUCCGUCAACCUGAAUUCCAUAUAAACUGACGCAGCACUUGAUUUCUAUGCAAAGACAGAGGUUCGCGCUCAGAACCAUCAACCAUCAGUCCACCAACCAUCUGCCAAUUGUCUAACCCCCUCCUUUCCACCCGCUGGCAUUUUUCAUACCUGCCAGCACUAGGCAGACUCCAAACUACCCUCCCCACUGCCCCAUCACUGUGGUGUCUUUGUAAUUCAGUCUCACUGAUAUCCCUCAUACAUACACAGCUCAGGAGGAGGAACACUGAGUAGACUCUGCUUUCCCCUGUUGGAGCUCUAGCUUUGUGUAAAGUACAUCUGUAAAGUACAGUUGUUCAUUGUGAUGAUUUCAAGAGCUUUUAGAUAACACUAAUAAUAACCUGCUGAGUGGUGGGGAUGGGGGUUUCUGGGAGUCCUUCCUCAUGUGUCAUGUGCCAACUGGACUAAAAUAUAUACUUCAGCCCUGCCAUUUACCAUUGAGUUGUCUCUGCUGUCAAAUGAGCCUUCAAUUCCCAUGAUUCAGUAGUUUUGAGACUACAUUUCCUCCUGAAUCCUAGACUUAAAGGCACAUGGUCAUGGAGGAAUGUUGGCUGGGAGGAGGGGGUAAUAUUUGGGCCAGGACAUAUGAGGCAGUACCUUGUCCCAGCUAUCAAAAGAAAACAGGCAGUCUGGGUGUACUGUUGAUGGGUCACAUCGGGUACACCUUUUAUAAAACCAAAAACAUGUUAUCUUUUUUUGGGGGGGGGGGGGUUGAGAAGGUUUGACAAAAAGUAGAAACUAAAGUACAAAAAAAGUGUUUAAAAAAAAGUUCUAAAGUAUGUUUUUUGCUGUGCACUCCUUGGCUGAGAGGCCUCGUUCUGUCUCUGCAAGCCUUUUUCCCCCAACUGUGGCACUCUGACUGGGGCUACCUUCUGGAACGCUGUAUCGCUGGUGUUCAUUUCUGAUUUCCAGCCUCGAGUGCACCACCCACAGAACAGAACAUUGCCACAGAUCUGGGAUUUUAAGGUUAGGGUCCAGGUGGGGCCCACCGCAUCAGCAGGGCCAGGACACACCUCACAGUUUUGUUGUUCGGUACCAAGUCUUAAAAGGGGGAAGGCCCUCUACCAAGAGUUGUUUUUCGUACUCAUCGUUGUCGUGUGACAUUAGCAACAAUCACUAAUUGCCUGUUUCUGAAAAACCUGAAUUGUUUUGCUCCACGCUGGGCUCCCGAGGCUACAGACUGGAAUAGGGUCACAAAAAAGGGAUUGGGGGGUCAAGCCUCAGAGGCGUCCCAGGAUUCUCUGUGCAGCACCAGCACUGAGAGACCCCCUGUCACUCUACCCCCCCACCCCUACCCCACCUUAUUGACCCACCAAUAUACACCAUGGAUGACUGGUGUAGGAAGUCAAGAGAAUCUCCCUUUUUCAAUCACUCAAAGGCAACUGGAGUUUAAGCAAAGUUUGCUUCUCUAUCAUGGACCAGAGUAGGUUCUGGGGUAGGGACCCCAUUUUCAAGAGGAAAACAAAAAAACAAAUCUUUCUCAAGGGCCUGGGUUGAAUAUGCACAUGCUAGUUUAUAUACAUGUAUACAUCCAAGUGUGUGUGUGUGUAUAUAUGUAUACAGCUAGGUUUCUCUUUCCACUUUACCCUAAGCCCGCUCUCUCUGCCCCAGGUCCAACCUUGCCCCUAUGUAUUCUCCUUCUCUGUAUAUUUCCCAGAAGAUAAAUAUAAUAUUAACAUAUCAGAGUAAUACAAAAAUAAAGAAUACAAAUACUUGAAUCAAAAGAAGCGCCAAUAUUGUAAUGUGAACACUUUGUAAUAAUUUUGUCUCAUUCAUACACUUCCUAGAUAUUUGAGAACAUCUGUUCCGAGUGAACUACAUUUGAAAAAUGAGGAUUGUUAAAAACAAAGAUUGGUAUAAAAAAAAAGGCUAAAUGACAUCUGUUGUAUCUGAGUGUUUGCACAAGGUUUCCUGUACUGUAUGGUUCAUGGAUGGAUGGAUGUGUGUCUGUUUGACAGACAGUGUGUAUGAGGUUUCAAACGAUUGUGAGCCUGUGAUUUACAGCGGGAAUUGUCUCCGCUUUUUCAUUUUAUUUCUUUUCAGUAUAUUAGUUUUACGUUUUAUUUUUGGCUUAUCAAAAGUAUAUUCUGAUGUUUAUUGUUAUUAGACUCUAGCGUUGCACUGAGUGUCAGCCCUCCCCUCAAGCUAAUCGAACAACGGCAGAUAAAGUACUGGGGGCAGACGGCGACUUCACGUGUAAAUGUUUACUCAAGGACUUAAGAAAAUAAGUGUGUUUAAUCUGUAAUAUGUUUAUCUACCUUGUAGUGGCUUUCAUUGUGGAAUAAUCCAAGAAAAAAAUAUGGAUUAUUAAUUAUAAUUAUUGCACCAUUUUUUUCAGAUUAUAAACAUAAAAAGUAUAGAAAAGCAACAAAAAAAAUCUAAUAUUGAAAAAAGUUACAAAAAAAGUAUUUUUGAAGACCUGUGGCCAUAGUUUGGAUAGAGAGACUUGUAGCUCUCCCUGUCUAUUCAGGGAGAAACCGAAGGACAAGACAUCAGAAGGAGGGUUGGUUACAAGGCUCACUUCAGAGGUGCCUACCUUUUUGGUUUGUUAGCUUUCGUUCAGUUUCAUUUUUGUUCAAAUCUCAUGUGUUAUGUUUGCUUGUUUUCUGCAAGGCCACUGACGGUUUACAACCUUUUUUGUUCUUCUGAAGUUCGAGGAAAAGGAAUUAACUGUAUGAAAAUGUUGGAAAAACAAAAAAGGACAAAUACUUCCAUUUUAAAAAGAAUAACAAAAACACUUUACAGAAUGAAGAUUUUAAUAUUGUGCUACUUUCAGAACUCUGGGAUCCAACAGUGUUGUCAUGUUAUAUUUGACCUUUGACAUCUUUGUUCUAUGUUGAUUUCAUGGACUAUCUAAAGCCUGUGCGUUUUUAUUGAUUACAUUUUUCCUUU